AUGAGUGGCCAAGACAUUGUAAGAUUACCCCAGGAGGUCCCAAUCCUCCGUGUCACCACAGAACGGGCAUCCGCACUGGAUGCCCGUACUGUGGUGACAUGCUGCCCGUCGUAUUCUGGGGGGGCACACCACUCGAGGACCAAUACCAACGACUCUGGCAAGCGAUCAACGGACGCCGAUGCUAACGAUUUGGAUUUGUUGCUGAGGCUGCGUGGAGGAGCAGAUGCGGAGGAGGCCGAGAUUGAGCCUUCCCCGAAAUCUGCACAUGGAGAUGGAGAUGUGGUCAGCGAGGAGGCGGCGGGCACCCCGUCCUCACCCGGGCUUGCCCUGCCCUCGCCUAGGCCCGUCCCGGCAGGGUACCGCCCACUGCGGGACGCGCUUGGGCGCUAUAUUCGAUACACCGUGCCUGACACACAAACGGGAGCGGAGGAUGCGCCUGUGCUCCCAGGAUAUAGGCAGUUCGUGCGUCCUUCGACUCCGAACCGAACGAGAGUUUUUACCGGGAGGAACACCGGCAUCCGCGGAGUGGAAGCGACUCAGUCGCCUGAGAGAGAAGAGGAGAGAGAAGAUAAGACCGAUCCGCUGGGCCGAACACCCGUCGUCCUGGUGGAGCGCAUCCGGCUCGGCUCCGGUUCGCGCUUGCCGCAUGGGACGGAAGUGGCCGAGGACACUGCAUCCCAACUGCACGCUACGGGGGAUUACUUAAAGGCCCGCGAGGCCACCAAUAAGGAGAAACGUGAGGAGCUGCGGCUUCGCGAGGAAAGGGAGGCGGAGAACUUCUGUCGGUCUGUCGCAACCCGCCAAAGGGGACUCUCUGAAGCGUCCACCGAGGAUCGGGAGGGGAGUCUCAAUGACCGAAUAGAUGCCAAUCUGAAAGCCAUCAAGAUGGUGGCCGACAAGUCGAGCCAUCUUAAGGGCACCUUCCAAAAGGCCCUAAAAGAUUCGGUCAAGGCGUUAAAGGAAGUUUUUGAGGAGCUCAGGACACACUCCGUGUCUGAUGAAACGCGACAAUUAGAGGCCGCAAAUAAGCGCCUCAAAGCGGAGCUAGCAGAUGUGCGUUGCGAGCUUCGCAAAAUUCGCGAGGACAUGGAACGGCUCCAAAUGCCGCGUUGGGACUCACCUCCCUCAAAGGCAAUAGACAGGGAGGCGCCGCAGCCCGCCGCUGCCCUCGGACGUCCCCAUGUGGACGACCUGAUCGGGGCAAUCACAGUUAAGGUGGGACGUAUCCUUGACGACAGACUCGGAGCCUUGGAGCGAGAUGGCAGGCUUCUGCCAAACAAAACAGGACAGACCCCACUGGCAGUAGAUCGGGGACGACAGGCCGCGCAAACGGUCACACCGGGGAAAGCGGCAGGGGGCGAAAAGUCAAAGAAGAAGAGAAAGAAGGCGAAAUCACAGCCCACUGCUGUCGCUGGACCGUCGGCCCCAAGCGGUCAGCAGCCGCCACCCCCUGCACCUGGGUCCUCGGACCAGCAAUGGACUUCAGUGGUGAGUAGGAGCGCGAGGAGGAGGGCCGCUGCACAGUCGAAGACGCAGCCCCAGGCAAACACAAAAAGGAAGGCAGCGAACGAGAAGGCUCAGGCAAAGGCAAAGACACGUAGUAGAGGUCUUCGCCCGCCGCGAUCGGCAGCUGUGGUGCUGACGCUGCAACCGGAAGCGGAGGCAAACGGCGCAACGUAUGCCAAGGUGCUGGCCGUAGCAAAGGAGAAGGUCAAGCUAGCUGAUCUGGGCAUUUCCGAUUUGCGUUUUCGGCGGGCAGCCACUGGCGCACGGAUCCUGCAGCUGCCGGGUGUGAACAGCGGUGAGAAGGCCGAUAAGCUGGCAAGGGAGCUGGCGGAAAAACUGGGAGAGGAAGUCCGAGUGUCCAGGCCGACAAAGUGUGCGGAGUUGCGACUAUCCAACCUGGAUGACUCUGUGACGUCGGAGGAGGUAGUCGUCGCCGUCGCUCGAGCCGGGGAAUGUACUCAGGAUCAGGUCAAGGCAGGGGAAAUCCGCCGGGAUCACACUGGUCUUGGUACAGUCUGGGUACGCUGCCCGGUCACGGCGGCAAAGAAGGUGUCCGACGGUGGUCGUUUCCUGGUUGGAUGGUCUUCGGCACAGGUGAAGCUGCUGGAGCCCAGAAUAUUACGCUGCUACCGCUGCCUGGAGGUUGGGCAUGUCAGGGCGCAAUGCCAAGCGCAAAUAGAUCGCGGCAGUCUGUGCUACCGAUGUGGAAAGCCGGACCACAAGGCGGCACAAUGCUCGGCCGAGCCCCACUGUGCAGUGUGCGAGGCAUCGGGUAAGUCGGCAAGCCAUGCCCUGGGCUCCAAGGCGUGCACUGCCCGAGCACAGAGGAAGGAUAGGAAGACUCGCGAUGGCCCCCCGGCCCCUUCGCAGUCCUCCCAGCCGGCCGCAACAACACCCGCGGCCAGCAAUGCGUUGGGGGAAGCAAUGGCCGCUGAAUAA